AUGACGGGUGAUAGGCAGGAAGAGACCGUGCAGCAGCAGCAGGAGCAGCAGCAGCAGCAUCAGCAGCAGCAGCAUCAGCAGCAGCAGCAGCAGGGUCUUGGAGACCACAGCACGCAACAGCAGCGGCGACAUAGUCUGCAGCAGCAGCAGGAGCAGCAACAGCAGCAACAGCAGCAAGAACCUCAGCAGAAUGUCUCCGAUACACCGCAGCAGCAGCAGACGGUGCAACACGAACAGCAGCCGCAAGAGCAGCAGCAGCAGCAGCAGCAGCAGCAGACGUGUUCUUGCGCAGAUAUCCUAUCUGCUGCACUGCAGCAGGGGGAAGCUGCUUAUACACCCGAAGGUGUUCUUGCUGCUGUUCGUCUGCUGCCUCCCUGUGCAAUACAUUCUCCUGUUGCACCUGCAGCAGUAGCAGCAGCAACAGCAACAGCAGCAGCAGCAGCACGCGAGUCACGCACCAGCGGAGCAGCAGAAGCAGCGGCAGCAACAGAAGCAGCAGAAGCGAUCGAAGCAGCAAAAGAUGCUGCAGCAGCAACAGCAGCAACAGCAGCCGCUGCAGCAGACUCAGCAGCAGCAGCAGCAGCACCCUUGAUAGAUCAACAGCAACAGCAGCAGCUGCAGCCGCACGUAUUACUGCAGCAGCUACAGCAGCAGCUGUUGCUGCAGCAGCAGCAGCCGCUGCUGCGGCUGCAGCAGCCAAAGAUAUCUGCUGCUGCAGCACAAAGCUUGUUAGAGUUGCUGCAUGGUUUGCUGCUGUCUAUGCGGCAGCAGCGAGCAGCAUUUGGUGGGCAGCUGCUGCAUGCACGCUUGCUGCUGCGGCAGCUGCUGCUGCUGCUGCCAGGGGAAUUCGCUAAGGAAGCAGAUAGGCUACUUGCUGCAGCAGGAAAGAAACUACGCAGAAGAGCAGCAGCAGCAGCAGCAGAUGCAGCUGCAGCAGAUGCAGCAGCAGCAGCAGCAGAUGCUGCUGCUGCUGUUUCUGAUGGGCAUGAUACUUCUUCGGAUAGUGCAGCAGGAGAGGAAGCCACUUCUGCAGCUGCUGAAGCUGCAGCAGCAGCAGUAGCUGCAGCAGCAGCAGCUGCUGCUGCUGCUACUGCAGCAACACCAGCAGCAGCAGGAGGAGCAGCAGCAGCACUUGCUGCUAAUAUGCCUACAUGGAACCCCCUGUCUCUCUCUGAUCUUGAUAGCGACGUUGCGGUGUCUCCUCAGCUGCAGUCUGCUGCUGCAGCACUUGCUGCUGCACUGCAGCAGCAGCAGCAGCAAAUGCAGCUCGAGCCUCCCCUGGUUUCAUCGAGCAAGACAAAGCAGCAGCAGCAGCAACAGCAGCAGCAGCAGCAGCAAUCGUCGCUGCUGCUAGGAAGCUCUCAGAGCACUGCUGCUUUCACAGCCAGCCCAGAGAUGCGAAUAUAUGACAGCAUGCAGCAGAAGCAGCAGCAGCAGCCGCAGCAGCAGCCGCAGCAGCAGCAGCAGCCGCAGCAGCAGGAGACACAGCGGCAAAGACACAGCAGCAGCAGCAGCAGCAGCAGCAGCUCCGCCUUUCUCCCUGUCCCUGAUUCAGCUUCUGGAGCGGAGAGAGUUCCGUUGCAGCAGCCCCCUUUGCAGCAGCAGCAGCAUGAGGAUCAGCAGCAACAACGGCAGCAGCAGCAGCAGCAGCAGCAGCAGGAGAGGCAGCGUUUAUCCAGCUCGCUGCAGCAGCGACUUGUCUCCUGCCCCUCCUUAGCAGAAUUAAAGGAAAGAAUUGCUGCUCUUAGAGUUGCCUUAGAGAGACCCUCGCAGCAGCAGCAGCAGCAGCAGCAGCAGCAGCAGCAGCAGCAGCAGCAGCAGCAGCAACUGCAGCAGCAGGAUAAGUACUCCUCUACUGCUAUACUGCAGCGGCUGCAACAGUUGAUGGCGCAAGAGGACGUGCAGACCCCUCAGCAGCAGCAACAGCAACAGCAGCAGCAGCAGCAGUCACAACCCUCCGCGUCCCAACUCCUUUUUAAUAGGGGGCAGCAGCAGCGACAACAGCAGCAGCAACAGCAGCAGCAGCAGCAGCAGCAGCAGCAAAGGCUGCUUGCUGCAGCUGCCUCUUCAGUCCCGCGCCAGCAGGUGAGGUUUAGCCAAGAGCUGCAGCAGUGCCGGGUCUCGCCUGCUGCUCCCCAUACAACAGCAGCAACAGCAGCAGCAGCAACAGCAGCAACAGCAGUAGCACCAACAGCAGCAGCACCAACAGCAGCAGCAGCAGCAGCAGCAGCAGCAGCACAGGAACGCCGACCCGCAGGUGUACUGUCUCCAUUAGCUGGCGGCACCUUUGCAGGACCAACACUAUUGCUGAGGGACGCAGCAAGGCAACAGCAGCAGCUGCAGCUGCAUCAGCAGCAGCAGCGGUGGAGGCGAGAGCAACGACGUUUGCUGCAGCAGCAGCAGCAGCAGCACAGGGAUGCUACCAGCAGUAACGGCAGCAGCAGCAGCAGCAGCUCUCUAUCGCCGCCGCAGCACCUACAGGAGCGCUUUUCCUCCUUCUGCAUAGGAGAACCAGCAGCAAGCCCCAGAGGUAGCAGCAGCAGCAGCAGCAGCAGCAGCGGACGCGUGCACACGCAUACGCGUGCGACCCAACGGGCACACUCAGCAACAGCAGCAGCAGCAGCAACAGCAGCAACACGUACACGCAGUGUACUAAGGAAGUCGCAGCAGCAGCAGCAGCAGCAGCAGCAGCAGCAGCAGCAACUUCCAUUUUGGGAGCGGCUCAGUCAGCCAACCGGCCGCCACUUGCAGCAGCAGCAGCAGCAGCAGCAACAGCAGCAACAGCAGCAGCAGCGGCGACGGGUGGUGCAAGUACAGUUACCUCAAGAGCAGCACCAGCAACCGCAGCAGCAGCAGCAACAGCAGCAGCAAAGCUCUUGUGGCUGUCGGCGACAGCAACAGCAGCAGCAGCAGCAACAGCAGCAGCAGCAGCAGCAGCAGGAGCUGGAGCAGCAGCUUGAAGCCCUAAGAGCCCGGGAGCGUCAGCUGCAGCAGGAGGAACGUCGUCUGUUGGCUCUGCAGCAGCAGCACCGCCUGCAGCGCCGUCAACAGCAGCAGCAGAAGCAGCAGCAGCAGCAGCAACAGCAGCAGCAGCAGCAGCAGCAGCAGCAAGAGGACCUUGAGCCUGUCUCCAGGGUCAAUGGGGGUAUAUCGUCAAUAUAG